GGGGAGCGCGGCUGUCACGGCGCCCCAGCAUCCCCGGGGGCCCCCACUCCCGCCCCGAGCCCCCCGCGCCGAGUCCCGGACUCCGCACAAAGCACGUUUCCCUCCCCCACGCAGCGGCCCCGGCCGUGCCUGUCUUUUGUUCCGCGGGGCUGCCGUUGCCCUUCCCGGGUCGGAGUCUUCCUUCCUUCCUCCCCCCCCCGGGGUUGGCCAGGGCCCCCGCCGGGCGCAGUCGCGAAGAUGCCCUUGGAGCUCACCCAGAGCCGGGUGCAGAAGAUCUGGGUGCCCGUGGACCAUCGGCCCUCGUUGCCCAGAUCCUGUGGGCCAAAGCUGACCAACUCACCCACGGUGAUUGUCAUGGUGGGCCUUCCUGCCCGGGGUAAGACUUACAUCUCCAAGAAGUUGACUCGCUACCUCAACUGGAUCGGAGUCCCCACGAAAGUGUUCAACGUGGGAGAGUACCGGCGUGAGGUCGUGAAGCAGUACAGCUCCUAUAACUUCUUCCGUCCCGACAAUGAAGAGGCCAUGAGAGUCCGAAAGCAGUGUGCCUUAGCUGCCCUGAGAGAUGUCAAGACUUACCUGACAAAGGAAGGGGGACAGAUUGCGGUUUUUGAUGCUACUAAUACGACCCGAGAGAGAAGGCACACGAUCCUGCAUUUUGCCAAAGAGAAUGACUUCAAGGCAUUUUUCAUCGAAUCUGUGUGUGACGACCCUACGGUGGUUGCUUCCAACAUCAUGGAAGUGAAAAUCUCCAGCCCGGAUUACAAAGACUGCAAUUCGGCAGAAGCCAUGGACGACUUCAUGAAGAGAAUCAAUUGCUAUGAAGCCAGCUACCAGCCCCUUGACCCCGAUAAAUGUGACAGGGACCUGUCGCUGAUCAAAGUGAUUGACGUGGGCCGGAGGUUCCUGGUCAACCGAGUUCAGGACCACAUCCAGAGCCGCAUCGUGUACUACCUGAUGAACAUCCACGUGCAGCCCCGCACCAUCUACCUGUGUCGGCACGGCGAGAACGAGUUCAACCUCCAGGGCAAGAUCGGGGGCGACUCCGGCCUGUCCAGCCGAGGCAAGAAGUUCGCCAGCGCCCUGAGCAAGUUUGUGGAGGAGCAGAACCUGAAGGACCUCCGCGUGUGGACCAGCCAGCUGAAAAGCACCAUCCAGACGGCCGAGGCGCUGCGGCUGCCCUACGAGCAGUGGAAGGCGCUCAACGAGAUCGACGCCGGCGUGUGCGAGGAGCUGACCUACGAGGAGAUCAGAGACACCUAUCCCGAGGAGUACGCGCUGCGCGAGCAGGAUAAAUACUACUACCGCUACCCCACGGGCGAGUCCUACCAGGACCUGGUGCAGCGCCUGGAGCCUGUGAUCAUGGAGCUGGAGCGCCAGGAGAAUGUGCUGGUCAUCUCCCACCAGGCCGUCCUGCGCUGCCUGCUGGCCUACUUCCUGGAUAAGAGCGCGGAAGAGAUGCCCUACCUGAAAUGUCCGCUUCACACCGUCCUGAAACUGACCCCCGUCGCUUACGGUUGCCGCGUGGAGUCCAUUUACCUGAACGUGGAGUCGGUGAGCACGCACCGGGAGAGGUCGGAGGAUGCAAAGAAGGGACCUAACCCGCUCAUGAGACGCAAUAGUGUCACCCCACUAGCCAGCCCCGAACCCACCAAAAAACCUCGCAUCAACAGCUUUGAGGAGCAUGUGGCUUCUACUUCCGCUGCCCUGCCCAGCUGCCUGCCCCCGGAGGUGCCCACGCAGCUGCCCGGACAACCUUUGCUAGGGAAAGCCUGUCUAACAUGAAAGGCAAGGAAGCCUCCGGUAAACCCUGAAGAAGACGCAUCAGUUCCAUUCCAUCUCCAUUUCUGCCGCUUUGGCUUCUGCCCUCCCAUCUACCUGAGACCAAAUGAUGCCAAGGACUUCUUCUGAACUGGGGUGUGGUGGGGGUGGAGAAGGGGAGUCUGCCGGAGGAAGAGCAGCUGCAACCCCUCCCCCUCCUCCCACCCGCCCCACUGUGAUGAUGGAGACACCAGAAAGCCCACGGGGUCCCCUUCCUGUGGCGCGUGGCAGAGCUCCCGGGCUUCUGCUCUCUCGGGGCUCCCAGGGAUGUGGGGCCUCCAGCUACCUCCCUGUGAGCCUGGGGGAGGAGAGUGAGCGAUGGGGGAGGCGGGAGAAGGCCUGGAGAAGGGACACCGAGCACCCCCCGGGCGGGGUUUGGUUUCAUUUCUGUGGUCCUGGCCUGACACGAUUGCAAGCCAGGGCCACCAGAUUGGCCAAGGAUCUUGGGAUUGAAUAAGGGCUGGUCUUACGUCUUGACGAUCAACAAACGCCUGGAGGCUUUUACGUAGCUACUUUAUGCAUUCUGGGGACUGGGGGGAAAUGCCCCCCAAGAAGAAGGGACUGGGGAACUUCUGCCCAUCCGCUGUGCCGGUCACACCCGGCUCCCACGAUGCCACCUGCCUCCGCAGCCCUGAGUGAAGGGACAGGUGGCUACCCGAGUGGAAGGGAGCCCCGCAGAUGUCAUCCUCGGGGUCUCCUUUCCCAGUGAGCUCUGGGGUCCCGGGAGUACGUGAACCAGCUGUUCUCCUGGAGCCGCUUGCAUCGCACUUUUUCUUUCCUCUUCCUUUUUUUUUUUUUUUUGUGUGUGUGUGUGUGGCAGGGGUGUGACCCGAAAGUCACCCCUUGACUUCUGUGCUGGACUGUGAGAAGCUGAGCGGGAUGCAGCUGGAACCUCCGAGCCGUUGCAAGACGAACCGUGUGAGAAGCCAGGGAGGAGACCGGCUCUCCUCUCCCGUUUCUCAGGAGGAGAAAGAUGGUCCGAGGGAGGCUUCCUCUGUGGGCUGCCCCUGCGCGUGGUGGGGCGUUCAGAAAUGCAGAGGUAGCCUCGCCUUGCUGUCGUGGUGUCGUACGUGACGUUGGUGUAGGGCCUGUGGGACAGGUGGGUGGAAACACCCGUGGGUUCUGCUUACCAGUGCCUCUUCCUCUGUCGUCUCAAAUCCCGGGCAGGAGAGGGCGUCGUGUGUCAUUUGGAGACUCAGCGAUACGGGUUGCCCAAAUGACCCUUGUAAGGAGGUCUUACCCAGUGCCAAAGGUCACUUUAUGCCUUCUACCAAUUGCGAGGUGGGGCAUCCUGGGGCGAGGUGGGGGUAGGGUACAGACAUGUAAAGCUUGCAGUGGAGAGAAGAGUUAUUUAAUUUGUGUGUGUGUGUGUGUGUGUGCGUGCGUGCGCGCGCAUGUCCUGGGGCUUGAACUCAGGGCCGGGGCACUGUCCUUUAGCAUUUUCACUUAAGCUACAGCUCCCCUUCCAGCUAUUUUGGUGGGUAUC